UUCGAAAUGCCAUAGCUCACUUGACGUGAAAAUUUUUGAACACUUUUUAUCCUAACGAAUUCUUUGUUCCCAUAACAUGAUGAAUGCUCUGCCACGAGUGGGACCAAAAUUUCAAGGUUAAUCGAUACAAGGGUAGAGUUCCUCCAAGCGGACGUGCUGGGUGCUGGUAUUCCUCGCAGACUCUUCGUCAAACCGUAUCGAGCUUAUAAAGAGAUUCUAACAAGCAUCACGACUAGGCUAGACGGUCAGUGCACAGAGCAGCUGUUGGUAAUUGACCAUUUCUCGUAUUUAAUAGGGACGUCAAGGGUCAACUGUAAGGUCCCGUCUUUUAUUGAUGCUGAGCGUACAAGACAAUUUCGUUCAAUUUAGCAUGCCGUUCCAGCAAUGCGCCUUCUCAAUUGGUCUUGUCAAUUUUCAUGACUGGUAACAAUCCCUGCGCGAAAAUCUACGGUGGCAGAGGCUGGAAACACCUGGGAAAGGCUAUUCACGAGAGAUUAACAUCGCCACGAAAACAACAACGUGAAAGACCAUUGCAACGAAUAUAUGGCCGUUCUUCAGCCAAGGUCACAUGCACAAUGAACGAAAACGAGGUACGGAACAAUCCGGAAUUCAGAAUCAAUAUCACUGGUACAUUACAGAAUUUGAGUAAUUGCGAACACGGAAAUAACAUGGCGCGAGAUGAAUAUAGAAAGCUAGGUCGAGGAUUUUAUUUAACUUUCGUGUUGCUUUGUAAUGGUAGAAUCUGCAAAGGUUGA